CCACUGCUAAUUUAACAACAUUUUUUUUUGUAUUUAUUAUAAGCUCAAACCUUACUUUUUUUAUCAUUGAUAAGACGAACAACAAAGACGAUUUAUUGAAAUCCCAUAUCGAUAUCUUAUAACAACGCUGACCCUUUUGCUUACUGAUGGAUCGCGCCUAAAUAUCGUCAGUCUCUCUGUACUCUUUUUCAUUUUCCGUUAUUUUGGUUGUGUGCAUUUUGUGGUGCAAGAUUUUGAUAAAGUGUAUUAAAAGAAAGAAAUUGUGGUUUAAAAUCAAAGUAAAUAAGUAAUUAAGGUAAGUAAUUGUGAUAAAAAUGGAACAAAAGCCAAGCUUCUUCAAAAUUGUGGCCACGAAAGAAAAUGGCAAAUACCUUUUGUCGGCAGUUCCCCGCUCAUGGGAAGAGAACGGGAGUUUGAUGUGGCCCCCACGUAAACUUAAGGACAAAGCGAUCAAAAAUUUAUGGGAUCCUCCCGGUACUGCCGCCGAGGGUUGGACUCAACAUAAAUGUCAGGUAAAAAGAUCUUACAUACCGACCUAUGGGGAGGCUCUAAAAGAAAUCAGAGCCAUGUCGGACAUGAGCGACACUACCGACUGCGAAGGCUCGUCCAGCUGUAGGUCAUUUUUGCCAAUCAAAACUGCUCAUGUUCGAAAGCCUGGCCCAAAGUCGAAGAACCCUGACGACGAGCGGUUUAACUUUAAUGAGUAUCAACCAACAGCAGUUACAAGCAGCAAUAAAAACAACAAACCAAAUUCCCAAGAUCAAUUUGAAAAUGAUGAAAAUGAUGAAAAUCAGUGUCUCUCGGAAGAAAAGGGUUGCGAUUUGGCUGUUAAAGAGAUUCCAAACGCUACAGCUAAAUUUCAAUUGGAAGGAACGAUUGCCUCCCUAGUAAACGAGGUAUGUAAGCUACAAAUACGAAUGGAGCACUGCAUAACACUGCAGGAGCAAAUCUUCCAAAAAGUCAACGGAACCUGCGGCGUAAGUGACCCAGUCGAUGCAGUUUUUGCACCAAUUGAAAACCUUAAAGAUUUGCAAGCCUUCGAAGGCAAUUUAGCCAAUAAGGAUUUUCAAGAAAAUAUGUUGCGAAAGUUUUCUUCAAUUUGUGGGCCGAAAAGUGGACAACGCGGAGAUAACGUCUGCUAUCGAGUAGUCGACUCGUUAUUCUCCCGCAAACUUUUUACUCUAGUGUCGUGGUCUGGAGUAUCACGGACUAAAAAAAACGAAAGCUUUAGUCGUUUUACAAACACAUUCCAUUUUUUCCUUAAUUUAAUAAAAAAGAGCGAUUCGACUUACACAGAGGCAGAGUUAAAAGAUUUUUUCCAAAAAAUAAUAAAUAAUUCCAAGCGACGUUACGAAUCCACAUUAAGCGACACAAGUAAAAGAAUGUCAUCUUCUAAACAUUAUGUUCCAAAACAAAAAAUUUUGAAAAAGAGCUCGGGGGAAGAUGUUGAAAGUGAACCAAUGGAUAAAAAGAGCUCGGGGGAAGAUGUUGAAAGUGAAGCAAUGGAUAUUGAAGUUGAACAAAAUUUGGAGGUGUUAAGCGAUGAAAUCCUCAUCGACAGUAUAAUUUCGUAUGAAUCGGACGAAGCAGAAUAGUCAGAAUCUUCUCAUCUAUAAAGAUACAUUCAAUAAAAAAUCAAAAUCAAAAAGUAACCAAACUAAUGUGAUGUAUAUCAAAAAUUUUUUCUUUUUAUUUAUUUUUUAUUUUUUUUUUUCAUAAAG